AUGGGCUCCGACGAGAAAUUCAAGCUCGUCGCGUACGAGAGCGAUUUUUCCAUGCCGUCCAUGAACGUGGAAUGUACGAAAUCAAUAGUGUACACAGCCGCAGUAAAAGUGUCAGUUCAGCUAAAACCUUUGAACAGCAUCAAACAGUGUCUUUUCUACAGUGAACCGUGCUUCAUUCACGGAAACCUGAGGUUCAAAUCAUUCGCAGAUACUGUGCUAUACUUGAGAACGUUAAAUUUCAACCUAGACUCAAACCUAGAUAAAAAGCAAUGUUGUGAAAGCCUGGCGUUGUGUAACCUAGUGCAAUCCAAGCUGAAACCUGUGAUCGAAUUCGUGUAUUGGGUGGAUCCGAGGAACUGCGAGGAGUUCACGAACGUCUGGUACAUGCGGGCUUUGCCUUUACCCUUCAACUAUUGGCACAUGAGAAGGCUCAAGCAGAAAGCCGAGUUGUUGAUUGAAACUCUAUAUCCGACCGAGUCGAAUCUGGAAAUUGUACGUGAAUUUCUCAACAAAACCGCUGUCGAAUGUUUAUCCAGCUUAUCUACAAGAUUAGGAAAGUCUGAAUACUUCUAUGGAAGCUUACCAAGCACUCUUGAUGUUGUGGUGUAUUCACACAUAGCACCUUUAGUAAAAGUACCGUUCCCAUCGAAUGAAAUCAGCAAUUUGGUGACCAUGUGGCCAAAUCUUGUUGAUCUGGUGAAAAGAAUCGACGCUGCAUAUUUCCGGGAGCUGCCUAAGGACUCCAAGUACUUCAAAGAGGUGCAGCGAGUGAAGAGCAAUGACGAUGAUGUGUCUUAUGUAGCAGUUUUGCUUUUGACAAUUAGUGCUGCGUCUUUGGUUGUGGGGUUUGCAAUUAACAGAGGGUACAUUUAG